AUGAAACGUUCUUUCGAAAGUGUACGUUUGCGAUUUUCUAGUAAGAAAAUGAAAAGAGAGAGUUAUGAUAGAAGUGAUGGCGCUGAACCAGACGGUCAGCAAAAUCAGAAUUAUUGGAUUCAUAAUAAAUACAAUGAUUCGCCCGACAAUGAGUGUUUCUCCGCUUACAAAGGAGAUUCACGAUUCGAGAAGUGCGAAUCGGAGGGUUUUCAAUCUGGAAUUGAACGUCUAAUCAAUACAAAAGACAAGUACAAAUUCCAAGAAAUUGGUGAAGGAUCUUUUGGCACAGUCUAUGUGGGUCGGUCUAAAAGUUCUGACAAAGCGAUCGCUGUCAAAGCCAUCAAGAAACAGCGGUUUUUCCUAAAUCAGCAAUUCAAUAUUGACAAAGAAGGAGUUGCUUGGCGCCGAGUAUCCAGUCAUCCUCACAUUGUCAGUUUUAUUGGUCUCUUCGAAACUGAUAUUAGUCACUGUUUCGUCUGUGAUUAUGUGAGUGGAGAGAAUUUGACCGACUUUUUAGAAAUAAAUGGAGUAUUAUCGGAAACCCAAACUAAGACGAUCGGUGCACAACUUGCUUCGGCCAUUAUUUAUAUUCACGAUAAAGAAAUAAUUCACAGAGAUAUAAGCUCAAACAACAUCUUAAUAGAUAAAGCCAAUGGAGCACAAUUGAUAGACUUUGGCCUGUGCACAUUCGAACGCCGUCCAAAAGACUUCUGCGGCACUCUGUUCUAUUUAUGCCCAGAAAUUGUUCAACGGAAGGAAUACGACGCUUACUGCGAUUGGUGGGCGUUUGGAGUUGUAUUAUACCAAAUUUUGAUUGGAAAAACUCCAAUGAACAUUUACCUGGAAGAAAUUAUGACCAUUAAAGAUUUCCAGUCAUUGCCGAUAAUCGAGAAACUCCAAAUUGCUGAAGAAGUGGAGUUGACGUAUCCUUUUGAUCUAUCGGAGGAUGCCAAACAAAUAAUCCAGGAUUUGUUACAGAAAAAUCCUGAGGAACGUCUUACAGAAGAAAACAUCAAAAAUCACAAAUUUUUCGAUGAUGUGUCGUGGCCUAUAAUGCCAGAAAAUUAAAUUAUUAUUUAAGAGAUGCACAGAAAUGUUCGAAUGGAUUAUUUCUGUCCUUUUAUUUUAAUUUUAAAUAUACACAAAUGUUUUCGUUUAAUUUCAUACUUUAUUCGUUAUAAAUAAAGCUCAAUUAAUUACUAAUUGUUUCCGCACAUUUUGAUUAUGUUACUGGUCUGACUUUUAUAUGAACCCCGGGUUAAAUACAUUAUUAUAAAUGAUAUGUAAUUAGGAAUCACUCAGUGGCACGCUGUUCAUGGAAGCUGUGGAAAUGCCGCUUCCCUCGUUUUAUUUUAAAUAUAAACACAUAUUGUGCAGUUAUUCUCAAUUUUUUCUUCGUCACGGUGCACUUUUAAUAAUUUAAAAAUUUGGCUUCACACACGGUUACUUUGGUAAGUAUCGCAGAACAACCAGUGACGUCAUAACAGUGAUUUUUAAACGAAGUUGUUUAUUUAGGUAUUUUCUAAACGCUUCGGUAACUACCGGCAAUUGCCCGUAACUCUGGUUACAAUUUCCAAACGCGCUCUAGGAAGGUAAAACCGAUUAAACUACUUGUCUGACGUUGCUUAUGUAUGGAUAUGUGCAGUGUUUGAGAAUCACUGUAUUGUGCGAUUAUUUUCAUAUUUUAGCGUACUUUUAAUUACUUAAAAUUAACACUUUAUCAUA